UCGCCGCCGCCGCCAUCACCAUGGCCGGUUGUUGUCAGUCCCUGGCAGCGGGUUAUGGCGACGGCGGUGAAUGAAUUCUCCGGGUGGCCGAGGGAAGAAGAAGGGCUCAGCCGGCUCCAGUUCCGCGCCUCCGACCGCCGGCGCCUCUCCCUCCUCGCCGCCCGGGCCGGCGCCCCCCGUGCCGCCGGCGGGGGCGGCGGCGGCGGCGUCCCCGCACAAGCGGAACCUGUACUACUUCUCGUACCCGCUGUUCGCCGCCUUCGCCCUGCUCCGCUUCGUCGCCUUCCAGCUCGGGCUGCUCUUCGCCUGGCUCUGCGAGCGCCUCUCCCGCGGCGCCCUCAUGGCCGCCAAGGGCAGCAGGGCCGGGGCCGGCGACGCGCCCGAGCCCGGCGGGGCGCCCGAGACGGUGCGGGCGUGCCACAAGCGGGCCUUCGAGUGCAUCUCCAUGGCUCUGCGCAUCGAUGAGGACGAGACAGCAGGACAAAAGGAACAAGCUGUUGAAUGGUAUAAGAAAGGAAUUGAAGAACUGGAAAAAGGAAUAGCUGUCUUAGUAAUUGGUCAAGGUGAUCAGUGUGAACGGGCUCGACGUCUCCAAUCUAAAAUGAUGACAAAUUUGGCAAUGGCCAAGGAUCGGUUGCAGCUUUUAGAGAAGCUGCAGGCAGUUUUGCAAAUUUCCAAGCCGCAAAUGGAGGUCUAUAAUGACAGUACUAACCUGGCAUGCCGCAAUGGACAUCUCCAGUCAGAGAGUGGAGCAGUUCCAAAAAAGAAGGACCCCCUAACCCACACGAGUAAUUCCCUUCCUCGUUCAAAGACUGUUGCAAAAGCUGGAUCCACAGGCCUUUCAGGUCACCACAGAACACCCAGCUACAGUGGGGUAUCAUCAUCUGUGUCUAGACCAGCACCUAAUCCUACGCCUUCAGCUCACAAGGCUGCUCCUAAAAAUAGCAGAACAUAUAAACCUUCUACCCCUACAACUGCUCCUCGAAAAAAGAAAGACACUAAGAUAUUUAGAAAUGUGGACAGCAAUCUUGCUAAUCUUAUCCUAAAUGAAGUUGUUGAUAGUGGGCCAGCUGUCAAAUUUGAUGAUAUCGCAGGGCAGGAACUGGCUAAACAAGCUUUGCAAGAAAUUGUUAUCCUUCCUUCUCUUCGACCUGAGUUAUUUACAGGUCUGAGAGCUCCCGCACGUGGUUUAUUGCUGUUUGGCCCGCCAGGAAAUGGGAAGACAAUGUUGGCCAAAGCAGUUGCUGCAGAAUCAAAUGCUACUUUCUUUAACAUCAGCGCAGCGAGCCUGACUUCAAAAUAUGUGGGUGAAGGAGAGAAACUGGUGCGUGCUCUAUUUGCAGUAGCCCGAGAACUUCAACCUUCUAUAAUUUUUAUUGAUGAAGUUGAUAGCCUUUUGUGUGAAAGACGAGAAGGUGAACAUGAUGCUAGCAGGCGUCUAAAAACAGAAUUUUUAAUAGAAUUUGAUGGUGUGCAGUCUUCUGGAGAGGACAGAAUACUUGUGAUGGGAGCAACAAACAGGCCUCAGGAGCUUGAUGAUGCUGUUCUCAGACGAUUCACCAAACGGGUAUAUGUGUCUUUACCAAAUGAAGAAACAAGAUUGAUUUUGCUAAAAAAUCUUCUAAGCAAGCAAGGAAGUCCAUUAACACAAAAAGAGUUGGCUCAACUAGCUAGAAUGACAGAUGGAUACUCUGGAAGCGACCUAACUGCAUUAGCGAAGGAUGCAGCACUAGGCCCCAUUCGAGAAUUAAAACCAGAACAGGUGAAGAACAUGUCUGCCAGUGAGAUGAGAAACAUUAAACUGUCGGAUUUCACAGAAUCUUUGAAGAAGAUAAAACGCAGUUUGAGCCCUCAGACCCUGGAAGCAUACAUUCGCUGGAACAAGGACUUUGGAGAUACCACAGUGUGAGACACUACUUGAAGUGAAACAGUGCUGCCUGGGGAGCAGAUGGUGCAGAUGACUGGGAAGCAGCCAGAGUUUACAGGACUUUACAGAUAUUUAAGUAUCUGCAUUAAAACUUGAGAUUAAGAGAAAAUUACACAAUGUGAAAUGUGUUCAUCAUAGUCUCCUUGCCAUUUAGUGAGGAUUUACACACUGUAAGUAAGAGCACAACAGGACUUGAGAUAAGAUUCCUAGCAAUCCAAUUUUGGUUUGAACAUUAAUUAUAUGUAUAUUGUUUCUGCUACAAGGCUCUGAUGACAUUGAUCAUUGGAGGACCUUUUCCUAUGUUAUGUGUGUGGUUUUUUUGUUUUUAAUUUUGCCAUGACAUUGAUGAACAAUGAACUUGGAACAAUGAUGUUCAAUUGGAGGUUUGUAAACUUCAGUUAAUUUUUUUUUACUUUUUUAGUCUUAAUGUGCCAAAUAAAACAAUUUCCCUGUGCAAAGUGGAAGAACAGCAUUGGGGAAUUACAGUUAUUAAAAUGUUAAAAGUAGCUGGUCUGUUAUUAUUUGUCUUUUUGUUUUGUUGUAAUGUGACUGAAUUGUUCACAGGUUUAAAGAAGACCUUUGAUAGCAGAACAGCAAAAAAACCCAACCUUAUAAAACCAAUUCAAACUGCCUUUUAGAAGAAAAAUUGCUAAAUAAAAGAAUAGAUUGAGAUAUUCAUUUACUGGCAGUAUUUUCUCUUAAUGCAUUUUGUAACGCUUUCAUUAGUAGAAUGUUAGAUUAUGCUUACAGUGUACAACUUGAGCCCAGCUGAUGUUUGAGAGAGUAAGUGAUGCUAAUUGUUGAGUUUCAGAAAUGAUGUGUUUCUACUCUGUAUUUUGGUCUGUUUAUGAUAAUUGAAAGUAAAAUUUCCAUUGUGAUAAUUUUUUUUUAAUCUCCACAUGUAAGCAUUAAAAUACAAGGCGACAUGUUUAAUACAUGGCACACAUUAAUGUUUUUAUAGCUUUCAUAUGUUUCGGUUUAUAUAUUAAAGUAUGAAACACUCAACUGAUCUGCUUUUUUAAAAAGAAACUGCAUCUUUGUACAAAUACUUGUUUUUAUUAUAUAAAUGACAAGCUAUUAAAAAAACAAACUCUUAAAUGAUAGCCUUUAAAUACCAUAAUAAAGGAAAGCAUUUUUGCCUUUACUUCCAAAGGCCCAACAUCUUGUUUACAAAUUCUACACAGAUUAUACACAGAUGUUUGUAAGGCAAAACACUGGUUCCUUGUUAAAGAAGGUUUGUGGGGUGUUGGGGUUUUUUGAGGUUUUUUUUUUGGUUAGUUUGGGGUUUCUUUUUUUUACACCUCUCCCAACUUAGUGAUACUGCAAAAAUGCAUAUUGUUUACUGUUGUUUUAAUGAAAUGAGUUGUUGUUUGCUUUUGGUCUUAACAGGAAAUUUAAUUUUUCAUUUAACUUAUUUUUUGGAACUACUUACCUGAAAGUUGACUAUAAUUAAUAUAUUAUAUGUAUAUAUGAAAAAAGAACGCAACCCUAGCUGGUAGAUACAGUUGUAGGUAUAGUAAUACUCUGAGAGGACUGUGCUCACUGUGUGGUAUUGAGUACUAAAUAGCAGAAACUGUCAAACCUUUGAGAUUCACAUAUGCAAUAUGUUUGGGAUUCUUUUUUUUUUUAACCAGAGAUGCUUUUAACUAAUCUUAAGAUUAAAAGCAAUCAAAUGAGAGAAGAUUGUGUUCCACUACUAUGCCUUUUGAAACAGUCUAAGGAAACCACUUCUAGCCUUCUAAGGGUAGGACUCUCAAAUGUACAUCUUAUGUAAAUGAAAGGUGACUUUGAUUCCCCUGAUUCUUUUCUGGAGAAAUGCAAAAAGAUUUCAGAUUCUUAAAUCUCAUGUCUUGCUUUGCCUUAGUUCUGCCUUCAGUAGACCAUCUCUGUUAUUGGAGAUUCCUGGCUGACUUGAUCCAUAUUUGUAAUAUUCUUCAUAGUGCUAAGCAUGAAUAUUACUCUUGUAUUAGCAUCUGUCAAAUAGCUACAGCUAAGAAAGGGUCUUUGUUUUAUUCAUAAAGCCUUGGUACACAUUCCUUGAGAUCCUUUGCAAAUGAGAACUUUGAAGAUAACACUUCUGGUUUUGAAUGUUCCUCAAUGAUUGUUAUAAAGCUCUUGGUUUUGUCCACUUAAUUUUGAAGAAUAUACUGAUUAUUUAUUUUAAAUGCAUACUCGUUGGCAUGGGAGAUAGGUACCUGAAAUGUUGAGGUAGAAGUCCCCAUCUCCUAAAGCAGCACCAGUAUAGGCAGCACAAAGAGUCAGAAUCACCAGCUGCUACUUAAAAAGAAAAGGGACCAGCCCUUUCACUAGUUUGUACAACCAGUUCAGGUCAAGAGAAUCUGUGUGACUGGUACAGCUGCUUUUGGUCUUCUGUUAUGCUUGAUUGGUUUCUGCUUAGUGGAUGAACUGCAGCCCUAUAAAUUAGUGCUGGAACACA